GAUUUUCCAUUCGUUGCAGUUGAAUUUGUAGUGGAUGUGAAUUCCAGAAAUCCUAGUAUGGAAGCAACUUCUGGGGCUAGGAAAAAGAAAAAAGUGAAGAAGCACAAAGCACCAGAUUUAGUUGAUACAAGUGGAGGGAAUUUACACUCCGAGCUAAUGCUUGAAGAGGCUGCACAAUUUGAUAUUAAUGAGCCAACAAUGGAAGAGAAGCUUGCAAGUCUUGAUUUAGCUAACAGUGACAUGGUGAAGAGCAUAAGUGAAGAUAUCUCUCUCAUGACGAAACUCCCAAGUGCAGAUUCGGUGCAUGUAUUGCUUAAGCAGGCAUUGAAUGCUGACGAUCAUGUGUUGCUAUUAGAUUGUUUAUACACAAGAGAUAAAAAAGUUAUAGCAAAGUCGAUCUCACUUUUAAACCCAGCUGAUGUUCUGAAGCUUUUGAAUUCCCUUACCUCUAUGGUCCAAUCAAGAGGUGCAGUAUUGGUUUGUGCAUUGCCUUGGCUAAGCAGUUUAAUCAGCCAACAUGCAAGCAGUAUAUCGUCUCAAGGAUCAUCUUUACAAAUGCUCAACACACUUUACCAGCUCAUUCAAUCAAGGAUUUCGACAUUUGGAUCAGCCCUCCAGUUAUCUUCAUCCAUAGAUUACCUAUUUGCCGAGAUUAUAGAAGAAGAUGAAGAUGAGGAAAGUGUGCCUCCGCCGAUCAUCUACGAGGACAAAGACACUGAUGAAGAGGAAUCUGAAGAUGCAAUGGAAACUGAUGAAGAUGAUGAGGAUCUCGGCGCCGUUAUCGACUCCCAUGAUUCAGAUGGAGCCUUGGCUAUGAGUGAUUAAUGAUUUUUUUUUUUCUUUUUGUUAUUUUUUGUUGCAAUUUUGUUGAGGUUGUCGAUGUUUUUUGUUUGUUUU